AUGGCAUUCAACACAUUCGAUUCUUAUCACCUACCACACCUACGAAUCGACAAGGAUGGAAUGGAUGUACUUGAUGGCAAGAGCAUGGGAGACACAGGGCAAAUCUACAGUGAAGCUCCCAGGCCAGGCUGCCAAAAGGUGUUGGAGGUGAAUGCAUGCGUUGGAUUUUCUUCAAUUCUACCGAAGGAUUAUGGCAAGAAGACUGGGCAAGAGACUGGAGAAGAACUCGGAGAAUCUUGCUGGCACGCAGGCAAGAUAUGGCUACAUCUCCAGGAUCUCAGUGGCAGGCAUGGCACAGUCAAGACCAUCCGAUGUCUACCACUACACCUCGGCAAAUCGUCUCCGGUUGAGGCCUACACGGACUAUGGAUGUUUGGAGACACAGGGCAAGCAAUGGGCGUGCAUCUCCGGUCUACCAGCCAUGGGGGCCAUGGCUAUUUGA